UAUGGCGGACAUGUUUUUAACAGGACUGUUACUGCUAAGCUCUGCGCAUUUAACGGUGUGCCAGGUCGUGGGUACAUGCGGCUCUCCGGAGCUGUAUGCUAACGCACAUCUGGAGGAUCUGUACGCUCAGCGCUCGCAGUUUAACCACGGAGAUAAAGUGAAGUAUAAAUGUGCAGUGGGGUACGUGACCAUACCGGGCAGCACACGCGUGUCCUACUGUGAGAGGGGACAGUGGAGUCCCAUCAGCCUGCAGUGUGCCAAAAAAAAGUGCAGCUCGGCUGGAGAAAUACUGAACGGUCAUAUAAAAUAUGAAGGCAACUUAUUUGGGGAUGCAGUCUACGCUGAGUGCAACGAAGGCUAUGUACUAAAAGGAGAUGAUGUUAGACAUUGCCUUGCUGAUGGAUGGAGUGGAAGUCCUCCUAUUUGUGAAGUCGCGGCCAUUCCUACAGUAACAUGUUCACCACCACACAAAAAAAGUGCAACAUUCCACGGAACCAAAGCAGCAUAUAAACCAGGAGAGUCCAUCUCUUACUCCUGCAACGAUGGAUUCAGACAGAAUGGCAUCAACCGGGAGCUCCUGUGUGACGACCUCGGCCGGUGGAGACCUGCUACCCCCAACUGUGAAAAAAUCAAGUGUCCAGAAUUUCAAGUCGACGGCGGAACAGUGAGCAAGAACAAUCUGAGGUUCAACACCAACGCAACCAUCACCUGCAGAAGGGGUUACAGACUGAGAGGGGCGAGAGUCGUCACCUGUGCCAUGAAUAGCUCCUGGGUACCGGCUGUACCCAUCUGUGAACCAGGCGUGUCUCUGUCGCGGGUGAAGGUCACCUGUCCACCUCCCGCCGUGCCCAACAGCCUGGGACAAGUCCGAAACAAAAUGUCCUACAACGUUGGAGAGCGCGCCACCAUCGUCUGUCAGGACGGCUUUGAACUGUCAGGGUCAUCAGAGAUCACAUGUGGACAGAGAGGGCAAUGGCAUGACACACCUGAGUGUCAUCAAGUCAUGUCCACUCCUGAGAGGUGCCUGCGCCCCCCGUACUUUGCCAAUGCGUACGCCAGACAUGAGCUGAAGGAUCAGUAUAGUGAUGGUGAGAACAUUGAGUACAUUUGUCAUGUUGGUCACCGCUUUGCUGGAGGAUUGAGGAGGAUCGAGUGCAGGAACGGCCGCUGGACCAAAUUAGACAUGAGAUGUGAAAGGUUAUUCAGGGUAGCACAGUGGCGUAAGAAGAAAUGCGGCUCUGCCGGGGAGAUCGAGAACGGCCAGUUUCGAUACUCGGGUGCUUCGUUCGGUGACAUGGCUACAGCUCAGUGUAAUGAAGGGUACCAGCUGGUCGGUCCGGAGAUCAGGACCUGUACAGCGUAUGGAUGGGAUGGCAGGGUGCCCGUCUGUGAGGCUGUGAUGUGUCCUGACCCCCCGAGAGUACCUGGUGCAGAAGUGUUUGUAGUGGCAGAUGGACCAAUCAGAUAUCGUAACACAGCAUCGUACAGAUGUCGCUAUGGCAUGUUGAUCGGCGAUUCGGACAUUUACUGCACCAGAGACGGCACCUGGAGCGAGCCGCUACCCCGCUGUCGAGUUUCGUGAAUGAGAACAAAGCUGCGCUGCCUGAUGGAGCAACAUCAUGUAUAAGCUCUUCUUCAGUCCAUAUUAUUAUUUACUGCACUUUCUGAGCUGUGACUUAACUUACAAACUUAAUAUUUAAAUGCUUAUAAAUAUAAUAUUUAAUAAAAUCAAAUCAUUCUCAUUAAUCUUCAGGUAAAGAUUUUUUUGUGCUGCACUUAUAAUAAUAUUAUUAGAACAAUACAGGUAGUGUAAGAAAAAGUAAUUGCCCCCUUUUCUUUGCUUUGUUUACUAUUCAUUUGAACCCGGAAUGAGUUUAGUUCAGUAAAUGGAAUGGGCAGUUGUAGCCUAGUGGUUAAGGUUCUGGACUAGUAAAUGAAAGGUUGCUGGUUCAAGCCCCACCACUGCCAGGUUUCCACUGUUGAGCCCUUGAGCAAGGCCCUCAACCCUCAUUAGCUUAGACAAUAUAUACUGUCACAUCACUGUAAGUCGCUUUGGCUAAAUGCCAAAAACAUAAAUGUCUGUGUAGAAGCCCAGCUGGCUGAUAGCACUACCGAGAUUCAAACCCAGAUCUGAGCAGUGGUGGGCUUGCGUAAUAAAUCAUUGAGCCACCCAGGCACCCUCAACUCGCUCAUUAUUCCUUCAUUGUCCCUCUAACUGUAUCCGUUCAUCUUGUGGCUAGACGUCCUCUUUCUCUCUUACCUUCAACUUUAUAGUACCCAUAAAAAUGCUUAAUUGGUACCAUAGCAACUACACAGCAACUAAAUGGAAAUACAUGAAUUUUGGGUACAUUUUAAUGUAUUUUCUUUGUGCAGACCGGCAUUAAAUUAGUUAUUUUAUAUUAAAACUGCUCGUUUAAUCUUAAUAAUCAAUAAAUCACGAUCAUGACAUGGUGUUCACAUUAAAAUGUUGCUUGAUUUUGCUGGUUUCAGUACUGAUAAAAUCAAGGCUGGCCGUUUUAUUUAACUUAUUUAUAAUUAUUGAAAUUGCUUUAUCAGUUAACUAAGAGGAAAUUGCUUUUUUUCCCCCACAAUAGUGAUGUGUAAGCUGAAUAUCUUUAUUUUAUCUUUAUUAACUUACGUUCUAUGUUAUAAUGUGUUUAAUAAUUCGAUCAUUUAAUGCAACAGAAACAGUGUAGAAGGGUUGAAUGACUUUAGGAGCUGAAAUACAGACUUUACCUGGAUUCAGUUUGCACCCUCAAGGUUGCCAGCGCUUGCCCAGGUAGAUCUCUGAGGUAAAAUGUGCUGAAUGCUUCGGCUUAGUAUCUUUAUCAGUGUAACUAAAUAAUCGAUAUGUUUUUUUGUAGCUUAAUCAUUAUGGCUGGUUGAUGGAUGUCUCUUUUUAAAAUGAAAUAUCUGUUCUAUUAUCAAUAAAAUUAUACAAAGCAUGA